AUGGAAUCCACGAUUAAAAUCGCCCUCAUAGCCCUGGGCACAAUCACAAUCAUAUCAACGGCCUGGUCACUCAUCUCCUUCCUUUACAUCUACAUCCGCCCAUCCAGACUGCCACGCUACCUCAAAACCGCCAACAACGCCACGCCAUGGGCCGUAGUAACCGGCGCAAGUAACGGCAUCGGCAAAGCAUUCGCAUACGACCUCGCCUCCAGGGGAUGCAAUAUCGUGCUUCACGGUCGGAAUGCCGCCAAACUGGACAAAAUCGCCAGCGACCUACAACGUCUGCAUCCAGGUCGAGAGUUCCGUACCCUUCUCGCAGAUGCGUCGCUCAGCCCUUCGCAAACUCUGGCGACCGUGGAAGAAACUCUAUCUGACAUAAAUGUCAAGAUACUCGUCAACAAUGUCGGUGCCACUAUGCCGUUUGGUCACGAAUUCGACACUCUCGAGGCAUUCACCUUGUCUGAACUGGAGGCCAAUGUUUCCACUAACGCGACCUUCCCUUUGCUCUUUACCCGCGCUUUGAUGCCUAACCUGAUUGCCAAUCAGCCCAGUCUCAUUCUGAACAUAGGCUCCAUUGCAGAUAUAGCGAUGCCCUUGUUCCCAGCUUACGGCCCUUCAAAGGCGUUUCUAAUGUGUAGCACGGCUGAACUCGCACUGGAGCAAGUAUACAAAGGCCGAGAUAUAGAGGUCUUGGGCCUGAGGGUCAUGCAAGUCACUGAGACGGGGACAAUCAAGGUUCCUACGAGUUACUUUGUCCCUGAUCCGAAGACAUGGGUGCGUUCGGCGUUGGAUAGAGUAGGCUGUGGGAGGAGAGUUAUCGUCCCGUAUCUGCCGCAUGCGUUGCAAACAGCCAUGUUGGAGUGCGUGCCGGCCUUUAUGGAGGCGAGCGUCAAGAUUGCUGGCGUGAAGAAGAACCUGGAACUGGAUCCGACGGGGUCGAGAGGUGUGAUGCAGAAGGAUAAGGAGUUGUAG